AUGAAUAUCUUUAGACUGUUAGGGGACCUUUCCCAUCUGGCGGCUCUUGUAAUAUUGCUUCUUAAAAUUUACUCAACGCGAUCAUGCAAAGGUUUGUCAGGGAAAACUCAAAUUAUGUUUGCUUUGGUGUUUACCACCCGAUACGUUGACUUAUUCAUAUAUUACGUAUCUGCUUAUAAUACCAUCAUGAAGAUUACUUUUAUUGUGCUGUCAUAUUUAACCGUCUAUUGUAUGUAUGUGAAGUUCAAGGCAACAUUAGACACAAAUGACCACCUUUUUCGUCUACCGUAUUUUAUCAUACCUAUUGGUGGCCUUGCCUGUCUUGUGAAUCACAAGUUGCAAUUCUUGGAGGUACUCUGGACAUUUUCAAUAUACUUGGAGUCAGUAGCUAUCCUGCCACAGUUAUUUAUGAUUAGUAGUACUGGUGAAGCGGAGACAAUAACUGCACACUACUUAUUUGCAUUAGGAUCAUAUCGUGCUUUGUAUCUAGUUAAUUGGAUAUAUCGUUAUUAUGUUGAAGAUGUUUAUGAUAUAGUGGCUGUUGUUGCUGGCUGUGUUCAAACUCUGCUAUACAUUGAUUUCUUCUAUCUGUAUGUUACAAGAGGUAAGAAAAUUAUUUUUAAUAAUAAGUAGACUAUAUAACUUGAAAUUAUUAGUGUUUAUUUUUUAAUGACAUGACUCUAGAAGAUCUGGGUUUGACGUGUGCGUAAUUAUCACACUAACUCGAAGACUUGCAGGCAGGCAGGCAGACAGACAGACAGACAGGCAGGCAGGCAGGCAGGCGAUAAGCAACAAACUGACUGAAAAAGCAGGCAGGUAGCGAAGACGGGACUGCAGGUGAAUAUAGAGAAGACGGAGGUGAUGAAAAUUCCUGGCUAACAACAAAAACAACAGACAACAAUCAGCCAGCAUAAAUGGGAGGAACCUGAAAAAAAACAGCCUCCUUUACCUACCUGGGAAGCAUCGUUUCAACUACAGGCG